GUCAAUUGAUAAGAAAAGAAUAUUUUUAUUUUAAACAGAACGUCCAAAAAAUUUCGUAUUGGUGGAACAUGAUAUUUCGAAUGUGAAGUGCCUAUUAAUCGUUUAAAAAUAUUAUACAUAUUUAUACAAUAAAAGAUGAUAUUUUAUCAAUAUAAAAAUACAUUUAUAAAAUUUUAAUAAAAAGUUAUCUAAUUAGCAGAUUUCCAAGAUUGAAUUAUAUGAAGCAAAAAUAGAAAAAUUGCAUUUUGUUAAAAUGAGUUUAGCGCGAUUUCGUUUAAUAACAUUUGAUGUUACCGAUACUCUAAUAAGAUUACGUUCUGCACCUGGUAAACAAUAUGGAGAACUUGGAGCCUAUUUUGGAAUCCGGUGCGAUACUGAUGAUUUGGCUAUAAACUUUAAAAGUAAUUGGUCUAAAAUGAACCGUGCACAUCCCAAUUUUGGCAGAUAUUCGAAUCUUGGAUGGCAAAAUUGGUGGAGGGAGCUUGUUGCAAAAACCUUUCGUGAUAGUGGGUUGAAAACCUCGAACGAUGAUAUGAUAAAAUUUUCUGAUGAAUUAAUCGAAUGGUAUAAAACAAGCGCAGCAUGGCAAGUUAAGUACGGUGCAACAGAAUUUUUAAAUUAUUUAAAAAUUCAACAGCAACUCAGAGCAAAGGGAAAAAACAAUGAAUUGCCACUUAAAUUGGGCGUAAUAUCAAAUUUUGACCCAAGAUUAGAUAUAUUACUGCGCAAUAUGAAAAUUGAUCAUUUUUUUGAUUUUAUUAUAAACUCUUACGAUUGCCGAUGUGAAAAACCUAAUCCAGAGAUCUUUCAUAUGGCAAUGAAAACAUCUGAACUACAGGACCUAAAACCAAAUGAAUGCCUUCAUAUAGGCGAUACACCAAUCACUGAUUAUUUAGGAGCUCGCAAUUGCGGUUGGUUUGCUGCUUUAGUACAUGAAAAAGAUCCGGAUUUUUUAAUUAAAAAAUAUGGUGAAAAAAUUAUGUAUUAUCAUUGUUUUUCCAGUCUGUUUGAUUUACAUAAAAAAAUGGUUAACGACUUCAUAUCAUGGUAAAAUAUGUUUUUUUUCAUCUUAUAGAAUUUGUUUUAAAUAAAACUUUAUUUUCGAAGUAAAAUUUUUAUUAACAAAAA